UCAGCAAGGUAAUGACUCAUUGCUACUGCUCGAGACAGAGAUGCCCUCUGGCGCAUCGUCGCCUUCAGCCGCAGCUGCAGGGAUAGAACACGGCCGCUCCGACCAGUGAGUCGGGCCGCUCAUAUCGCGACUCGGUGAUGGGGAAGGUUGGGCCGGCGGCCACAGGACCGGCGAGCACUUCCGUUCCAGCCAUGUGCUGUCCCUGACAUAGGCGUGCCCGUGCUCAGCACUGUCAUGUCUUUGUGGCUGCGCCUUCCGGUGUUCGUCCCGGCUGCCAGUCUUGGCGGAAUCAACAUUCAGAUGAUAGAAGUCGCUGAUGGUGCUGCAAGAAGCAAAGCUGCCUCGUCUGAUCCGUCCUGGUGUCCCCUGCUCUCCGCCGCUCGGUGCAUGUUUGUAGGGCACCCGGCCGCCUGCUUCGAGCGGGCCAGCUUCCCCUCUGCCGUCUGCUCUCUUCCACGGCAGCACUCCGGCGGCGAGGGCUUCAGAGGCGGAAGAGUCCAUUCCCUCGUCGGAUCGAGGGGACGUUGGUCCGUCAUUUGCGGCACCGUGACUGUCCUCGUCUCGCCCAUCGUCCCCGCCACCAUGCCCGUGUGUGAAGCUGCGACUGCGAAGCGCGCGGAUGCGCGCGAGGUUUUCACUGCCGCCGGCGCGAUCGGGGGGGUUAAGGGUGGGAAUUGUGUGGUGUAUGUGGCCCUGGCCGGCGUGGUGCAGCAGGUGGUCGUACACGUGGUCGAACUCGGCCAGAGAAAUGCGCCGGGAGAGCCUACGGCGGGUAGUGGUCGGCCGGCUCUCGACGCCAGAAAUACUCGGCCUGAAACAUCCAUGAUAGAGACAUCAUCAUCGCGGUCUGUUGGUCGAUAGGCGCCUUGUGUACCGCCGCGUUUCGAACAUGUCGAUGAAAGGCAGCACCUCCACCUGGACACAUACACAAGGGCUGGUGUUUGCAGGAAAUAAGGGAAACCACACACACAAGGGCACAUCGCAGACUCAGCACCGGACCUGGACAAUUGCCAAUGCCUCGGCAAUGCUUUUCAGGUCGCAUCUAUGCAGCCGAUUCAUGGCGGCUCUCAAGUACUCCACUCUUGGAUCCCGGUCUGAGCACGGGAAAAGGGGCUCUUCCACAUGACUUGAAAUCAUGCUCGAGUCAGGGGGGGGCUGCAGACUGCGCACACUGAAAGCGCUUCUGAGUGCGCCGCCGGCUCCAUCCUGCUGUCCGCUGUACUCUCUGAGCGAGGGGAGGCGCUGCGGCUGUCGAUGGCUGCCUUUCAGGAACCCAACCACCGCGCAUGAGACAGUUGUCAUAUCUUCCAGAACGCGUUUUACGAAGCUUUCUCGCUUUAAAUUCAGCGGGCCACUUUUCCAGUUCCAAAGAAGGGAAUACCAAAGUGCCGCGAACGUGCCGGCAAUACCGAAGACCUGGAGGCAUCACAAUGAACCUGCACCAAGAAGCACGGACGGCUUCCAGUGUCUGUGCUGAUGGUUACGGCGAUGGUCCACGUGACGUUCUGGAAGAAUGGGAGCGAGCUCUGCUUAUGCUCAGCCGAGUACGCACCAACCCUGAUCAUCAGUGGAUGAACCAUCGAUUGGCUGGCGAUAGAUUGUUGCGUUGUGGUAAGCUCACAUCAGCAAAAUCAGGAGCAGAAUAUAAAACAGCGUCUCAAGGUAGUUACCUGGUGCAAAAAAACGACAAAAAAGGACACGCAUGACCAGCCGACCCCGUCUGUCGCUUACUUGCUGGUGUCCUCCACGGCCAAACCAGCAAAUGGGCGACAAGGGAAAAUAUGAUGAUCAGAGAAGAGAUGAAGCACUCCAGGGAUCCAUCGUGCCACAGAAAUAAGGGCACUGCUGCAAGCAGCGUGUUGCGCAACAGAUGCACGAGCAUCCACCAGUUUUUGUCCUGCAGCCGCGGUUUCACAAUUAGAAAUCCAUUGCUUUGUCCCCCAUAUAGUCGUGGGCUCACCGCUCUGCAGGACUCGAACAUGUACCGAAAUCUCACCCUGAAGGCGGCACUAUGGUGCCAGAUCUGAGGAGCUAGGUAUAGGAUUACACUGUAGAAGACCAGCACUCCCACGACAUACACAAGACCCCCGACCACGCCCAGUGGGAAGAGCUGCGUCCACCACACUCCUUCAUAACAUAACGCCUGAUGACAUGACCGAACUCUCCUGAAUACCCAUAUUUGCAUCCGUUGUCUGGCGUGGAGGUGAGCGCAUACGUGCGGCAUGUGGAUCAUGGAAAAGCGCCCAUUUGGGUGUUUAAAACACUGAAAGAUGAUCGUGCAGGACACGACCAGAGGUAUGUACAUCGUGUACACCUGAAUGACAAAACAAAGACGUGAAUGCAAGGGCCGCGGGGCUCACGUCUCCCAUAAGUCGGACCAUCAUCACGAUGGACUGUGUAAGGGACAAGACAGUAAGCAAUCACACUGAAGUGCAUGGAUACGUCACUUGCUGCGCGGGUGCCUCGUUACAUUGCAGAGGCGAUUGCCGUUCAUCGGUGACCACUCCACACAGGCGUAGCACAGAUUCAUCGUUGCACUUCCCAGCCGAGCUGGCUGCGCCUUCGCCCAGCGGGCUAAGUCUUUGCAGCUCUCGCAUUUCCACAGACCUGAAAAGCCGACAAGGGAAGGCAUUUGUCAAAUCGGAAUCGCACUGUAAGAGACGCGUAUACAUUUUUUGCUGGUGCUCCCAGCUGAUUGCAGCCUGGAGGGCCGCUCGUCACCACCGUAGCUGAUCGUGAAUGCCGGGGCACUUAGCACCGGACGUAGCUCGGUGGUUUGAGUCGGACCAGGGUAUCUCACAAAUAUCGAUGCGUCUGACUCCUGCCACUUCUGACUUUCGCUGCGAGAGGGCCUGGCACCUAAGAGCAGCCUCUUGAAGGCAUAGGGGAUGAGCGACAGUGCCCACAUGAGGAUGAAAAUAGAGCAUAUCAUCAGCGGGAGCAGCAGCCGCAGCAAAUAGUAUCUCAGUGGGGUAAGCUCAAAUGGCAACCAGCAUUGAGGCCUCAGGUGGCGAAGGUCGAAAUCAAAAAGCCCUCCUACAGAAACGCGCACACGUGCACGCAAACAGUAUAGGCACCCAUCUGCGGUUUUCAUAUGAGAUAUGUAGACCUGCAGCGAUGAACGAUGAUGUAGGGUCCGGCCACCUGCAAGCCGACAGAUAGACGAGAGCACGCCUCCUUUCCGAUGCUCAAGCUGCCUCUUACGCGACAUUGAAUGAGCCGAAGAUGCCAAUAGUCAUGAGGUAGCGGACGGUCAGGGAGAAGACCUGCCCCAUACUCUUGAUAAGGCUGCCAUCCGGUGUGCCACUAGCCCUGGUGACUCUGAACGAGCGAGACAUGGCGACCGUGAGUAGAUCCUGCUUGUGCUUUGGUUGAGUUGUACUAAAUGCAGACCUGUUCACAUAUACAUGGACCAUGGCGAAGAGGGCCAUAAGUGGAAGCAAGACGAGAGCAGCCCAGGCCAUUUGGAUGCCUGCAGCUGUCUGGGGGCACGGCUCGCAGACGCCUGAGCACAGGCAGACAUUUAUAUACUGACAUGCUGAUGAUACAGCGAGUCAGCCAUCUCACCAACGGCUUUUGAAAAGAAUCGCGGCAGGCACCGACCGCAUGCAAUGCUCGUCUGGUCCACGCCUUCUCUGCAGGCAAUUUCGUUCAUUGAAGGUCCCUUCAGAGUUCGUGCUGACCUGCAGAUUUUGGGGGCCAUUGUGGCAGCCUUUGACGCAUUCACCUUCUUGAUCAUUCGCACGUCAAGCGGCCCACCCGGACACGCAGUCCUGGGAUGGCACGUAUAGAUGUCUGCCUUCCACCCUGAGGCGUUUGUUGGCACCCAUUCUCGAGUGUCGACCCAAUGACCAAGGGAGACGAAGGGCAGGAGGUCGCUGCCGUCACAGUCCAAUCCGUUUGGGCAUGGCACACACUCCUUGAAUCGCUCCUCAUCUCUCAACUCAACCGGCUUCUCAUACGUGCCCUGCAAUAGGGGAGAAUACACUCAAGCAGUGAGCUGGCCUCACCUUCUUUAUCCUCUCUUACCUGCGGGCAGAUGCACCUCUCAUCUGAUCGUGCGCCGGGAUAUGGUGUCACACGUACUCCAGGACACUGCUUGCAUUCUGAUUACAGGAAGGACGAAGAGAGAAGCGGCACAUAUGCCAGAUCCACACCCAUCACAAACCUGAUCGGCCAGGGCGAUCUGAAUUCAAUUGACAGCAAGACAAUGUGACAGCAAGACAGUGUGAAUGGAUGCAAAAAGAUGAUCUCUCUCACCUUGGUAGUAGCCCACUUCGCACCUGAACGAAGGAGACACAGGAUUUUGCUUUACCGUCAUCAUGAAAGAGGCUCCCCUUUUUGGCUGACCGCUCGCAUUGAAUGCUGCCGGACGUGGCUGCAAAUGUUCCGGGUUGGCACAUCUUGCAUGCUCGGCCUCCUUUCGUCUCACUGAAGGUGCCCUGGCACGGAACAAUGUCCAUGAAUCAGUGAUGUAUCUCGAAGUUUCUGCGAGACUCACUCACAGGGGGGCAUAUCUCACAGUCGCCGUUGCUUGCCAUCACGUAACCCUCCUCGCAUUUCCCAAAUGCGUUCAAGAUCCCUAGCUCUGUAAGAAAAAGACAGGAAUGAAUCUUUCACACGAGAGACUUUUGCGCUGUCCUUGCCUGUAAGUGUGAGCUGGGCGGAAGCGGAACAAGCAGGAUGGAAUCGCAU